CUGAGGGUCAUUCGUCAAGUGAAAGGAAAUUGCGAUCAAACAGCAGAGCACAUUAAAGUUCAGGCUGAAAACACAGAGAGGAGGAUUAAGGAGGAGUUUCAGAGACUUCGUCAGUUUCUAGAGGAGGAAGAGGAGGCCAGGCUGACUGCACUGAGGGAGGAGGAGGAAAAGAAGAGUCGUUUGAUGAAGGAGAAGAUUGGGGCUCUGAACAGAGAGAUCACGGCUCUAUCAGAUAUUGUGAGAGCCACAGAGAAGGAGCUGAAAGCUAAAGAUGUUUCAUUCCUGCAGAGCUGCGAGGCUGCAGCAGAAAGAGUCCAGCAGCAGCCUCUGCCUGAAGACCCUCAGUUCAAAUCCGGAGCUCUGAUAGAUGUGACCCAGCAUCUGGGCAACCUGAGCUUUAACGUGUGGAGCAAGAUGAAGGAGGUGGUGUCGUACAGUCCCGUGAUUCUGGAUCCAAACACAGCCCAUCCACAGCUCAUCGUGUCCGAGGAUCUAAACAGUCUGAGAGAGAUAGACGAAAAGCAGGAGCUGCCCGAGAAUCCAGAGAGGAUCGACCACUUUGUAUCUGUGAUAGGCUCAGAGGCUUUUGACUCGGGGCGCCACAGCUGGGAGGUGGAGGUAGGAGACAACAAUGCUUUUGUUCUGGGGGUGCUCAGUGAGUCAAACGACAGGAAAGGAGUCAUAUGGCCUGGACUGUGGAAGCUGAUGUUCUGCGGUGGAGAAUACAAAAUACUUUCACCAUCAGACACCGGAACCGAUGUGUCUGUGAUGAAGAACCCCAAGAGGAUCAGACUGGUCCUGGACUGCGACGGAGGAGAGCUGUCGUAUUACGAUGCCCAAACAAACGCACACAUAUACACCUUCAAAGAGACAUUUACUGACAGGAUGUUUCCAUACAUCAGCACCUGGAGCAACGUCCCGAUAAAGAUAGCAGCACAGGCUGUUUCUGUAGCAGUGGAGACUCCCCCUUAG